AUGGAGAAAGGGAAACAACGUUCAACAAAUUCCGAACUUUCAAAACUAUCCAAGACUGGUGAAUACAAUGUGUUACAUGAGAGAACAUCAGAUUUAAACGAGUAUCGAGCAGGAAGACAAUGUGUUGAAGAGGAAGAACGAUUACGUUAUCCUGACGAAGCGUUAGACAUGUCGAUUAAACCUAAGACUGAGGCUCCAGAAGAGAAUUCGAUGUUAUUCAAGUUAAUAACUAGUCCAAGUUACCAACAAGCUGAGUCACAAUCUGACGAAGAUACAGAAGACGCUAGUGACGAUAACAACAACUCGUUUUUAAUACGAGAAGAUUCUGAAGAAUGUUACAUAGCCAGUACUUCAGCAGACAAUUUGAAGUCAUAUGAGAAAGCGUUGAGUACAUCAUCUUCUAGUAAUGAAGAUACUGUGGAAGAAGCUGUCAAUUUGUGCAAAAAGAAUUGCUGCGAGCAAAAUGCGCCGGACGCUAACGCACAAUCGAACGAGAAACUGAAGCAUACUUUUCUUUAUAAAAUCAUGACAGAUCCAACAUUCCUAGACAAAAUCCAAAAAUCCAAACCAUUGAAACGAUAUGCGUGUCAGUUUUGCAAACAAGAGUUCAAUAACAGCGAUCAGCUGGCCGAUCACAUGGAUGUGAAGAAAGAUGAAUCGAAUCAAGUGGUUUGCUGUGCCUGCAAAAAGACGUUCGCGCAAAAGCGAUACCUGAGGUAUCACCAAAGAUGUCACUCUGAGAGGACCAUGUUCACCUGCGAGAUUUGUACGAAAAAGUACACAAGAAUGGACAAUCUGUCUCGACAUAAUGCGUUUCACGUGAACCCGGAUAAAUUCUCGUGUACGUACUGCGAAAAAACAUUUGCUAGGAAGGAUCUAUUGAAUAAGCAUUUAAAAUCUCACAAUAACAAGUAUCGUUUCUUUUGUGAAACUUGCCAAAGAUAUUUUAAAGGACCACUUACUUUAGAGAAUCAUAAGAGGAACUUUCAUGCGGUUUCAUAA